GUCGCUCAGAACCCCAGCUCUUCGUCCAUUCCCCUUAUCCUUCUCGAAAGAGCACCCAAGCCGCGGCUCUUUUCCCUUUUUCUUUUCUCCUCUCUCCCUCUAAGUUAUUUCAUUCCCUUCCCCUCGAGCGAAGCUACCAACCGACAAAGAAAGAAGGGGCAAAAAGAUGGCAGCUCGAACCCUCUCCGCCCUCCCGAUUUCGACCUCCCCCUCCCCCUCCCCCUCCCCCCUCCCCCUCCAAAACAACAACAGAAACCCCAUCCUCCCCUCCCCCUCCUCUCUCUCGCUUCCUGCCAACCACCGCAAGCCCAACCCCCUCGCGAGCUCUCUCCUCGGAGAUCCCGCCCCUCUCUCUUCCCUCCGCGCCCCUACCACGCCUCUCUUCCCCAGGCCCAGCCUUCCUCGCUCCGCCGCCGUCGUCUUCUCCAUGCUCCCCACCACGAAAGUAGAGGGAGCUUCGACGGAGAAGAUCCCCAAGUGGUCGGCGAGCGCGAUAAAAUCCUUCAGCAUGGCGGAACUGGAGGCGAGGAAGCUAAAGUACCCCAACACUGGGACGGAGGCUCUCCUCAUGGGUAUCUUGAUCGAGGGAACCAAUGAAGCAGCAAAGUUUUUACGUGCAAAUGGAAUCACCCUUUUCAGAGUGCGUGAGGAAACUGCCAAGUUGCUUGGAAAAUCUGAUAUGUACUUUUUCAGUCCGGAGCAUCCACCAUUGACUGAACCAGCCCAAAGAGCGCUUGACUGGGGUGUUGAUGAGAAACUGAAAUCAGGCGGCAAGGGAGAGAUAACCACGACACAUUUGCUUCUAGGCAUAUGGUCAGAGAAAGAUUCUGCUGGUCACAAGAUAUUGGCUUCCCUCGGUUUUGAUGAUUAUAAAGCUAAUGAGCUGGUCAAAGUCUGCCAAUGAGGAUGCAGUGCUGGCCUAUAGAUAGAUGCCGAGGAAAAUUCCAUAAUGGCAUAUAUUUUUCGAAUUGGAUGAUUAAACAAACUCCCUUUCAGCCCCAUUCAUUUUCUGGUAAAUUUCAUUUUCAAAAUUAAUGAUUUAGUUACAAGGUACAUCAUGGAUUCAUCAACCACCUAUAUGGUGCAAGGUGUGUCGAGAAAGCUUCCCAUACGAAUUUUGUUUUUCAAUCCUUACUAACAGGGCAUCUGUGAAGCGUAUGAUUGAUUCAGUGCAUCUAGUUACCCAUUAUUGUGGGUAUUGUCAGCCUUUCACAUUUGGUCUUUUGCAUUGUUGAAGACAAAAAUCUGUGAAUCAAAAUCCAAAGCAUCUGGUUUGGGCUUGCUUCUAUUGUCAAUACUUGCGUUGCCGUUGCUUUUUCUAUGGUUUAUUGUUAAGCUGUUGGUAGUCCUGCACGACAGAAAUGGUCAUGAACCUUAAUUGUUGCAUUGAAGCACCGAGCUCGACAGCCUUAGGAGGAUGAGUUCUGAUUGUUUUGGAUUGCAAACUAGCACCUUUUGUGGAGAAAUGACAUAAUAGUAUUACAAUAUAGCAUCUUUUGUUUCAAUCAUCUGAAGAGAUGAUUUUAAAUUGCCCUUUGUGAAGGCUGGAGAGUUGCGUUCAAGGGAUGGGGAAGGAGGCUGUAUGUGGAACUGGCAUACCGAAUGAGCCUUUUAGCGAGAAGAUUGCUGGAUUUGUGUUGGGCAUUAUUUUCUGAUCAAGAACUUCGUCUCUGUAUGUUGCAAGGGGCGGGGAAAAAAAAAA